AUGGUCUGUGUGCUGCAGUUCCUCUCCUCACCAGCAGAGGGCACUAACCCUGUGUGUCUGCAGUUCCUCUCCUCACCAGCAGAGGACACUAACCCUCAGAGGGCACUAACCCUGUCUCUGCAGUUCCUCUCCUCACCAGCAGAGGGCACUAACCCUGUGUGUCUGCAGUUCCUCUCCUCACCAGCAGAGGACACUAACCCUGUGUGUCUGCAGUUCCUCUCCUCACCAGCAGAGGGCACUAACCCUGUGUGUCUGCAGUUCCUCUCCUCACCAGCAGAGGGCACUAACCCUGUGUCUCUGCAGUUCCCCUCCUCACCAGCAGAGGGCACUAACCCUGUGUGUCUGCAGUUCCUCUCCUCACCAGCAGAGGGCACUAACCCUGUGUGUCUGCAGUUCCUCUCCUCACCAGCAGAGGACACUAACCCUGUGUGUCUGCAGUUCCUCUCCUCACCAGCAGAGGGCACUAACCCUCAGAGGGCACUAACCCUGUGUGUCUGCAGUUCCUCUCCUCACCAGCAGAGGGCACUAACCCUGUCUCUGCAGUUCCUCUCCUCACCAGCAGAGGACACUAACCCUGUGUGUCUGCAGUUCCUCUCCUCACCAGCAGAGGACACUAACCCUGUGUGUCUGCAGUUCCUCUCCUCACCAGCAGAGGGCACUAACCCUCAGAGGGCACUAACCCUGUGUGUCUGCAGUUCCUCUCCUCACCAGCAGAGGGCACUAACCCUGUGUGUCUGCAGUUCCUCUCCUCACCAGCAGAGGGCACUAACCCUGUCUCUGCAGUUCCCCUCCUCACCAGCAGAGGGCACUAACCCUGUGUGUCUGCAGUUCCUCUCCUCACCAGCAGAGGGCACUAACCCUGUGUGUCUGCAGUUCCUCUCCUCACCAGCAGAGGGCACUAACCCUGUGUGUCUGCAGUUCCUCUCCUCACCAGCAGAGGGCACUAACCCUGUGUGUCUGCAGUUCCUCUCCUCACCAGCAGAGGGCACUAACCCUGUGUGUCUGCAGUUCCUCUCCUCACCAGCAGAGGGCACUAACCCUGUGUGUCUGCAGUUCCUCUCCUCACCAGCAGAGGGCACUAACCCUGUGUGUCUGCAGUUCCUCUCCUCACCAGCAGAGGGCACUAACCCUGUGUGUCUGCAGUUCCUCUCCUCACCAGCAGAGGGCACUAACCCUGUGUGUCUGCAGUUCCUCUCCUCACCAGCAGAGGGCACUAACCCUGUGUGUCUGCAGUUCCUCUCCUCACCAGCAGAGGGCACUAACCCUGUGUGUCUGCAGUUCCUCUCCUCACCAGCAGAGGGCACUAACCCUGUGUGUCUGCAGUUCCUCUCCUCACCAGCAGAGGGCACUAACCCUUUCCUCUCCUCACCAGCAGAGGACACUAACCCUGUGUGUCUGCAGUUCCUCUCCUCACCAGCAGAGGGCACUAACCCUGUGUGUCUGCAGUUCCUCUCCUCACCAGCAGAGGACACUAACCCUGUGUGUCUGCAGUUCCUCUCCUCACCAGCAGAGGACACUAACCCUGUGUGUCUGCAGUUCCUCUCCUCACCAGCAGAGGACACUAACCCUGUGUGUCUGCAGUUCCUCUCCUCACCAGCAGAGGGCACUAACCCUCAGAGGGCACUAACCCUGUCUCUGCAGUUCCUCUCCUCACCAGCAGAGGGCACUAACCCUGUGUGUCUGCAGUUCCUCUCCUCACCAGCAGAGGGCACUAACCCUGUGUGUCUGCAGUUCCUCUCCUCACCAGCAGAGGGCACUAACCCUGUGUGUCUGCAGUUCCUCUCCUCACCAGCAGAGGGCACUAACCCUGUGUGUCUGCAGUUCCCCUCCUCACCAGCAGAGGGCACUAACCCUGUGUGUCUGCAGUUCCUCUCCUCACCAGCAGAGGGCACUAACCCUGUGUGUCUGCAGUUCCUCUCCUCACCAGCAGAGGGCACUAACCCUGUGUGUCUGCAGUUCCUCUCCUCACCAGCAGAGGGCACUAACCCUCAGAGGACACUAACCCUGUGUGUCUGCAGUUCCUCUCCUCACCAGCAGAGGGCACUAACCCUGUCUCUGCAGUUCCCCUCCUCACCAGCAGAGGGCACUAACCCUGUGUGUCUGCAGUUCCUCUCCUCACCAGCAGAGGGCACUAACCCUGUGUGUCUGCAGUUCCUCUCCUCACCAGCAGAGGGCACUAACCUUGUGUGUCUGCAGUUCCUCUCCUCACCAGCAGAGGACACUAACCCUGUGUGUCUGCAGUUCCUCUCCUCACCAGCAGAGGGCACUAACCCUGUGUGUCUGCAGUUCCUCUCCUCACCAGCAGAGGACACUAACCCUGCGUGUCUGCAGUUCCUCUCCUCACCAGCAGAGGACACUAACCCUGCGUGUCUGCAGUUCCUCUCCUCACCAGCAGAGGGCACUAACCCUGUGUGUCUGCAGUUCCUCUCCUCACCAGCAGAGGGCACUAACCCUGUGUUUCCGCAGGUGCUGUCUCCGGGGUCCAUCCUGGCCACGCAGGGGGCGGGGGGGCAGCAGAUCCUCCAUGUGAUCCACACCAUCCCCUCUGUGAGCAUGCCCAGUAAGGUGGGCCAGCUGCAGACCAUCCCUGUGGUGGUCCAGUCUCUGCCCGUGGUCUACACCGCCGUGCCCUCGGACGGAGUGGCCGCCGCCGCCAUCACCGUGCCACUGAUCGGGAGCGACGGCCGAGCAGAGGGAUCAGUGAGAAUCAAACCUGGAUCAACGUCUCCAGAGAUUCACAGCGACAGCGACGCAGAGAGCGAAUCCUGCGCCAUCAUCAGCCAGAGCCCAAGUUUUGGGAAGCAGCUCGGAGGCAGACGCGGCUGUGAAUGCAUCACUUUGGAACCUUCAGAAAUGAUUGUGGAACCGUCUGAGGAACGUUUUUCUCGCUCUGAUCUGGGAUUGGGAACGUUGCAAGACUGCGGCUCCGAUGUGGACCAGGACCAGCACCAGGACCAGGGUCUGAAGAGGAGCAUCUCUAAACCAGCAGAUACUUUGAAGAGGAGCGUCUCAGAACCAGCGUCACACUAUCGUAAACUGAGGCAGAGAGGAAGCUGGUGUUCUGAGGAGUUCGACUGGACACAGGUGGAGAACGGCAGCGAAGCGGAGGAGAACCUGCUCCAGAGAGAGGAGUCCCAGAGGAGGUCCAGGAGGAGGUUCAGGAGGAUCAACCCCAAAGGAGAGCGGGAACUGAUCACAGAUGGACCAGAGCCCAACUCCUACACCACGGACUAUGUCAACAAUAAGCCCCUAGUUCCACAGGUCCAAACGACACGCCUGCCUUUCCCUCUGUUGUCCGCAGUGCACACAGCUCAUGCUAACAGCUUCUUCAGUGAUCGCUCUUCUGUUCUGCCAUAUUUCUGUGUGUAUUUCUCUUCUCCCACGUUUGACUUCAUUCCCAUUGAUUUGGAAACAGCCACGACACUGUACGACCGUCCGGCUUCAGUCUUUAAAGAAACCUCCGUGAAACAGAGACACAGGCUCUUUAUGAAACUCAGUGAGACUUAUCCAGCCUUCAGACACAAGGGGUCGGAGAAGUGCUCAGAUGUGGAGCAGACUGCGUUCACAAUUAAAUAUUUAAAUAAAGAUACAGUGGAUUUGAAAGAGAAGAGACCAGCUCUGCUCAUCAGCAGCACCAGCUGGACGGAGGACGAGGACUUCUCUGUUCUGCUGAAGGCUCUGGAAGAAUAUGAAAUGAUGGUCAAAGAAGGAGCAGCUUUACCUCAACUAGUGUGUGUCAUCACAGGGAAAGGUCCUCAGAAGGAGUACUACUGUUCUGUCAUUGAGUCUCUGAGUUUGGAGCAUGUUCAGAUCUGCACUCCGUGGCUCCAGGCCGAGGACUAUCCUGUGUUACUGGGUUCCUCAGACCUGGGUGUGUGUCUCCACGUCUCGUCCUCUGGUCUGGAUUUACCCAUGAAAGUGGUCGACAUGUUCGGCUGCUGUCUGCCGGUCUGCGCCAUCCACUUCAACUGUUUGCAUGAGUUGGUGAAACACGAGGAGAACGGUCUGAUCUUCAAAGAUUCUCAUGAACUGACUCUACAGCUGCAGACUCUACUGAUGGACUUCCCGUCGGCUGCAGAGAGUGGGAGACUGGCCUCUUUCAGGAAAAGUCUCCGUCAGACCAGAGACCAGAGCUGGGACCAGAACUGGGACCAGAAUGUGCUACCACUCCUCCAACACUGA